AUGAGGGCGAAUCUCGAGGAUGUCGUUGCAGCGCUGCAUCGCCGGUUUGAUGAACGUGGUGCUUACGCUCACCCGUCUCAUGCGUACAGCGUCGCACAGGAGCUGACAAAUGCCCUGACAACGUCAGAAUGCCAAUGCCAGCUGCAGCGUCUGCUUUCUCUUUUUGAGUGCGACAAGGAAGAGUGCGCUGUGGCUCAUGUCGUUGCUGCUGGUGCAUUGGUGUGUGGUGGUGUUGGCGCCGCUCUGUCUGAAGAGGAAGAGCGGCGGUGGGAAUUGACGACGCAUGCGAUGCUGACGGCUCAUCCGCCCUUCUCAACGUCGGUCGUUGCUGCUGUGUGUUACUGCGUUGCGCAGAUGGCGGUGAAAGGCCGCUGUGCCGCUUUGGUGCAGGCGGCGGGGACGGCGCUUUGUGGUGGCAUCGUGUCGAGCACAACCAUAACCGAGGAGGCUGCGAUGGAACUGCUGGCGCAAUGCGCUGACACGCUUGUGAGUGAUCGGCAGAAGGAGCAGGAAAAGGAAGGGGGGGACGCCAUAACACUUCGAGAUCAGAUAGCAAGUGAGACGGCACUCAAAGAUAUGUUGGUCCGCUGCGCACUUGAUGCAUUGUCUUGCGCGCGGGGCGAUGCCAUGCUGACAUCUUUUCUUUCUCGCCGUGUGCUGAUCCCGUUGCUCCUGUCAGACGGGAAUGCUUCAUUGUCCAAAUACGACUCGUGCAUUCAGUCUUUGUUGCUGUCCCUCACCGCUGACAAGGCGAAGCAGAGCGAGGUGGUGGUCCUCAUCGCUGCAGCAUUUGAAUAUGUGUUUCGAUGCAGAGACGGCGACAAGCAGCGGGAUUAUCGAUGCUCUCCGCAUUUGUGGGACACGCUCCACAACGCAUUUCAGGAUGCGCUUACCAGUGAGGGGGAAUCUGGGCACCGUGCGAACAUGCAGCUGCGCGCGGAGUAUCUCUUGAAGCGUGUUGUUGACUUCACACGUGAACAGGAGGUGCAGGAGGGGUGGACACAGAAUGUUGGGUUUCACCGGUACUUUGUGUGGGUUCCUGCUGUAAGUCACACACAAUGGGGAUUGUUCUUUCUUGUCCUUGAAGCCACCAACGAGUACGGCCUACACAUUAUUCAGCCCGCCCUUCCUAAGUUAGACGUUCUCGUGGAACAGUUGGCGUCUGACGCUGCGGCUUGGAAGGAGAAUAUUAAGAGUAAUAACAAUAAAAACACCAGCAACGAGGAUGAUGUGAUGGUGGUGGGGGCUGCGCGUUUCACUGGUGGGCUCCACCCUGUGUGGGUCGAGAUGCUAUACUUGAAGAUGCUGCUGCAUCCAAACAUGGCCUUCCGGAAGAUGGGACUGCGGCGUCUAUGGUCGCUGAGCACGCCGCUUCUGCAACUCUUCUCAAGCGCCUUCCUGUUCACGAAUAUGGUGGAGGUGUCGCUCGACUCGCGGCUCUGCGCGGAGCUGGAUCGUACUCCGCAUCUCUUGGCCUUCUUAGGCGCCAAAGGCUUUGAGGGAGAAGAGGUGCGCGCGCUGGCGGGCACGGCAGGACCACUUGCCGACCAACUCGAACGUUUCUACGCACGCAUUUUCCGUGACGUUCUGUGCACAGCUGAUGAACGCAGGGAGGCUAUGCGCCGAAUGCUCCACGUCGUUGCGGCAAAGCCAAGCCCACACGCGGCGACGAUGCUUCUUCGCAUUCUAAACGGCGUCGCCGUGGCGCUGGCAGAGGACCAUGAGACAAAAAGUAGGCAUGCAACACUUGGGAUGAUCACAGACCCGGGUGUGCUGCAGGAGUUGUUUAUUGUUUUGCGUGACGCAGCACAGGAGAAUGUCCCCUUCUGGCUUGAUGUACGGCUGAACGCUAUGGCCUUCAGCGCGCUGCUGCACUUUGCUCGAGUCAACCCUGAAGCAGCGCGGCAGUCCUGCGAAUUUUGGAGGCUGCUCUGUAUGUGUGGCCCUCUUGGGCACUCGGGUGGGAACGGCGCAGUUGCUGUUGACUCAGUAGGACACGUUGGCAGCGUCGGUUCAUGCAUUGACCCGUGCUUUCUUAACGAUCAGCUGCUGCGUGUCUCUUGCAAUGUCCUUAUUGAGGGAAACAAGUUUACCUUCUUGCGAACGAUAUUGCAAUCCAACCGUUUGCUGGAAAAUGUGCAACGGUUUCUUCGUGCAUCCUGUUUUGAUGAGGUGCAGGCGAAGCAGCUGCUGUUCCUCUCUGGGGCAAUGCACAUGGCGGAGCCGCAGGACAGACAGGUGCUCGCAGACGUGGCGCGAGAGAUUGCAACAGCUCUCUGUUCCCUAGUGAAGAGACCGUACAGCUCUCCUGGCAACCUCCUUGCGUCUCUGCUCGCAUUCGUGGAGUUUCAUCACUCGGUUGGAACGGAAGCGAGCACGCAGUACUUCUCUCUGACGACAGUUGUGGAUAUGAGCGAAGUUAUAUAUACACUGGCAUUCAGUUCUCUUCGGCAGGCGAUUCACGCGAUCGCAGAAGUUGCAACCCCCGAUGACUUCCUCAAUGAUGUCUGGGCCCUGCAGCACACGUCAGAGUGGGACGCCGUAGUUGCGGCUAUGGUGUCUACAGGGCAGAUCGCUGCUUCCCAUGAUUCUGCCAGCGCGCCGACACGGUUGCAAUCGCGGCAGCGCAUUGAGGAGCUUGUGGAGCUUUUGGUCUCUGGUGUUAGUGGGAUUGCUACGAAUGCCCCUUCAUCAGAUGCCAGCUGUAACGUGGCUUCUCACUUCGCAAAGAUGGUUGUCGCUCGUAAUGCUUCGCGACUUCUACAAGGUGUGCUCUGUGGCUUGAUUGCUUUGAAGUCUCCAGCUGCCAAUCUACAGGACGUGGACAUAGAGGCUGGGGUCUUCUGCUGCUGCUGCUGCUGCAACACCGACAACGCGGACCUUCCCCGCUGGAUUCGCCAACUCAUGUGCUCUCCUAUGCUGCGUCUGACAUCAUGCGAUGUUCCGUGCUUGCUGACAAACCUUUCGUGGUCGACUGUUUUGGCACAGUACUACGGCGGUGUGUACAAUGCCGUGUUCAUUCUGUGCAACGCUGUGGAUACACGGACUUCCCCGGACUUAGUCGUGGAGCUGCAGGAAUACGGACUGGACCACGUGGAGCGCUGCUGGGGGAGCAACCUGACAAGUGUGUACGGCAUUCUGUCCUGGGUUGCUGCCGCUGCUGCUGCUGCUGAUGAACCUAAAGGUGUGGAUCACGCCGCCAUCAUCCACGCCAUGUUUGAUCACCUGAACGACGUUGGGGCAAAGGAGCACGGACGUGUUUCUGUGCUCGCCUUCAACGCACUCCGCUGCGGCGCGACGGAAAAUGAUGAUCUGAUCAAGUCGUGUCUCAGUCGGGCACUGCUGGACGAGGCAGAAUCAGAACGUUCUGGCUAUGUUGCGGCGGUGACGAUUGCGACGGAGGUGAUGCGUGAUCCUGAGGCGAACUGGCCACGCUUCAAGGAGCUCCUGCUCCACGUCGCGGUGCUGUACAACUCCAGCCGUGAAGAGGAGGCCUCAGAGGUGAUGGUCGCCGCAACAGAGCCAGUUCUGCUGGCAUGGUCUGAGGCGUUGCGUGUACAAUACACACCCACUGUGCGGCUUUCAACUGUUGGCCGCGCCCUCGCGAUUUCCACAACUUUGUGGUGCUGCCAUUUGCGUCCUGAAUGGGCGACAGAGCUGUCGUUGGAGCUGUUGGAUUGGAAUACUACCCACGAGGUUGUAAGCUCCGAGCCAUGCAGACCAAACUCCAGAUCACAUCGCUGUCGUAUUCGUUUGUGGCAAAUGUUGUGUGCGCUUUUACCAAUGAUCGAUGAUGCUGAUUCCCAACGCAAGAUGCUGCAAACGGUUAUACAGAAGUGCCUCCCUCUCAUCAAUAUGGGCAGCGUGAGGCGCCUGAUGGAGCUGUACGCAUUGAAGCUCCUGGAAUCUCAGCCCGGCCUCUACAAGAUCAUUGAUGACGCAAUGACCAACUACGGUAUUCGGCCGCAGGUUUGCGGCAGCUAUGUCUUGAUCGCGGCCCACACGGUACUGCAGCAAGUUCGCGGAAAGGCGGGACACGUGGAUGGUCUCUUUGAGGCGAUGCUUCACCGCCUUUUUCAACAGAGUACUUCUCACCAGCAUCUGCUGCGCAUCAUCUCCCACAUUGGCCUCUACCACAUCCAUGAGGAGUGCUUGGCAAAAGGUUUGAAAUUCUCACCUGCUGAAGAAAUGAUGUUUGAUUACAUUGCCCGUGCCCCAGAGCACGUGAGGUUCCGCGCCAAGCAUGCCGAGCAGCUCUUCUUUGAUCUGGCGGAGGCGUCCACUCCGCGGCAGAUAUUCUGCAUCCAACGGAAGGAGGGUCACAACAUUCUCUUGGAGAGUAUUCCUGCUGCUGCUUUCGAGCGGAUGCGUUUUCUUGAUCGCGAGUUCCGCAGCCUCACCGGUGCGCUGAGCCCACUGGAGAUGCUUCGCGUGCAGCAGGUGUCGCAACACAACUCCAGCCACCAUGUGCUGGAACUCUUCAAGGACUUUCCGUACAUUCCACACACGGAGAUUCACGCGGAGUACUGCGUUGAUUACACCGCAGAGGCCCUGGCGCUGUUGGUGGAGGACAAUGGCCUCGCCGAUGGCACGAACACUGCGGGCGGUGACGAAAAUAUUCAGCGCAAGGUGACACCGUGGUGGAACAGCCAUGUAUACAACGAGCUGCACCCGCGCGCACUCAAGACAGAACGACAGCCCCUUGUUGUAAUUGGAUCCCUCCUGCAAAACCCUGUCAAUGUUGCUGGCCUCUUCCGCUGUGGCGAGAUCUUUACUGUGGAGAAGAUCGUCGUGACUGAUGCGGCGGUGUUUGAGCACCCGCACUUUGUUGCGGCCGCCCGUAGUGCCGAGCUGUGGCUGCCAUGGAAUGCGGUGCCGGAGCGGGACCUCCCGGCGUACUUGACAUCGCUGCGGCAGGAUGGCUACACCCUCAUCGGCGUUGAGCAGACGGCCAGUAGUGUGUCGAUGGCGUCGUACAAAUUCCCCGAGCGCGCUGUCAUUCUUCUUGGGGCCGAAGGCCACGGUGUGCCGGCGGCGCUGCUGCCGUUGCUAGACGUCUGUGUGGAAAUACCACAGUUUGGCCUUAUUCGUUCGCUUAAUGUGCACGUCACGGGUGCAAUCACGAUGUAUGAGUACACUCGUCAGCGCCUGAUGGAUAAACGUGCCUCGUAA